AGCGUAAGCCGGCGCCGUCGAGGGCGGGAACCGAGAAACACGCGCGUGGGGGUUUAGUCCUCAUCGUGCGUUCGCACCACCGCAUGAGCGCGGCGGGAGCGAGCAUGAGCGCGGCGAGCGCCUCGCGGAUCGGCGUUGUUGCGCGAAAUACCCCGGGGGCUACGAUGAUGCGGGCGCGAUCGCGCUGCGCCGCGUCGGCGUCGACCCGCGCGGCCAGGUCGCAGAGGUUGGGCGGUAAGGACAAGAAGGGGCGGGUGGAUGUCACGAAGUCCACCCGCGCGCGAAGCGCACCCGGGGAGGGCUCCGGGGCGACGGCGGAGGCUUCGUCCUCCACCGAUGGGGAUGCUGCCGCGCCGGGGACUUCCUCCGCGGGAUCGAGUUCGCACGCGACGAGGACUCGCGCGAUUAAAAACGGCGAGUUCUUCAUCCCGUCGAUGCCACCCGCGCAGAUGGAGGAGCAGUUCCUCACGGGCACCAACGCCGAGCGCGCGCACUGGUUCCCCGUCGCGUUCGCCGCGGGGCUGGACGAGACCACCAUGAUCCCGUUCGACCUCUUCAACGUCCCGUGGGUCAUGUUCCGCGACGCCGACGGCAACGCGGGAUGCAUAAAGGACGAAUGCGCGCACAGGGCGUGCCCACUGAGCCUGGGCAAGCUGGUGAACGGCAAGGCGCAGUGCCCCUACCACGGAUGGGAGUACACCACCGGGGGCGAGUGCGUCAAGAUGCCGUCGAUUAAGAAGAUGCUCCCGGGGGUGUACGUCGACGCCGCGCCGGUGGUGGAGCGCGACGGCUUCCUCUACCUCUGGGCGGGGAAGUGGGAGCCCGGGAUCGAGGACGAGGUUCUGGCGAAAACGCCGCGGCGGUCGCUGGCGCCGCCGCAGGGGUUCACGCCGAUGGCGGAGGUGACCGUGGACAUCCCGAUGGAGGCGGAGGAGGUGCUGUCGCGGCUGAUGGCGCCGGGCGGGCGGACCUCGCGGACGGCGACGGUGAGCUUCGACGUCGUGGACGCGAAACGGAUAAGCGACUCGGUCUUUCCCAAGAUCGUCGCCAACGUCCUGCGCGGCUUGCGCAAGCCCGUGCCCAGGACGGCGACGUUCCUGCCCGCGUGCGUGCUCGACUCCACCGUGGGUUUGGAGGACGGUCCGGGCGACUGGAACGUCCACCAGAUGCACGUGGUGCUCCCGGCGAGGCCGGGGCGGUGUAGGCUGCUGUUCCGCCUCUCCGUGGACUUCGUCGCGGUGCCGGAGAUCGCGCGGGCCAUCGGCGGGGAGGUGUGGGCCAAUCUGGCGCAGAUGGUGCUGAAGGAGCAGCUGGAGGGUGUGCGGGCGAGCGGCGUGGACGACGUGGAAAGGUACCAGGAGUGGAAGGUGUCCGUGUCCGGGGAUUUCGACUGACGAUGUUGCCGUGAUGAGUGUUAAGCUCAUCUAUGAUAGUAGCUAGGUCGUGUGUACUACAUCGAUGAUAAUUUUGAUUUCAACGCUUCGGCGAAUGUGCCGGCUUC